AUGCGAACGAAAACCGAAGCCGGAGACAUGGUGUUGUCGAUUCACUACGACGUGCAAGAGUGCCAGACACAGCUAGCGCCUUCGCAAGUGGGGUCGUCGGGGGGAACGUCCGUCCUGUCAGCAACGUCGACGGCGCUCUCGGUGGAAGGAUCAACCAGGACGGGCUCGACAGAGAACGGGGAAGGUUUAAGGACGGCGCGAUGGGUGAAGCGGCAGCUCUUGACGAGAGCUCCGAAGACCGCAGAGGAAAUUGCCCUUGACGACAAAGAGGAGCUCGUCGUGGCGAAGAUGCGGCGAAAAAAAGAGCUCGACAAGAAAGCGGAAGAGCAGUACAAGGCUGAGCGACUCCGAAAGAGAGGGCCUGCCGGGGUAAUGCUGGUGAGGAGGGAACGAGGCCGCACGGCUCUGCAGGUAGCGGAGAGGUCAGCGAAACGAGCCAAGGCCGAAAAGGCUUUGAGAGAAGAAGAGGCACGGCUGGCGCUAGUUGAAGCGCAGAAGGUCAGCCAAGAGCUUCAAGCCGCCAAGAGUCGACUCGCGAAGAAAAACAAGAAAAAACAGAAGCGAGGGAUCGCCAAUGGCACCGCCGCCAGCGCUGAGAGCAAGCUCCUCCAUCCCACGCAGAAAGCACUCAAGCAGCAGCAAGAGGGAGGGAAACAUAGGUCCACUGACCGAGAGAAAGGAGACACGUCCAAACACAUGAACACCGCAUCGGCCGACGCAGGGGCGGGGCCUUCAAUUGUUCCCGCCAUCACAAACGCCGGCGAGGGUGGUAGUGAAAUGCACCGCGAUGAUAUGGUGGUGCCCGUGGGGUUGGAGGGCAAGGGUGACGACGAGGUCCGUCUGGGCCAGGAGAAGUUUUUUCAUGAAACGGAGCAGUGCUGCAAAAGAAUACUGCCGUGCGAGUUGGGCUGCGGCCUAAGGAUGAGGGAGGAAGAAUGGCUCAGCCCAAGUUUGGUGAACCCUGCUGUGACCUGCCAGCAGCACCACGAGGAAUCAGAGUGUCCGAGACGGCCAGUACCGUGUGGACAAAGGUGCGGCGAGUGGCUUCCCUUUGAGGACCUCAUGAAGCACAUGAAGGUCUCGUGCGUCAAGAGGCCCUUCCCUCCCGUCAAGUGUCGCCUUGGCUGCGGGGAGAAAUUCCAUGGAGGGCUUCAUAGGAUGCUCCAGUCCGAGGAGGAGCGCAUCGACCACGAACACGAGCUAUGCCCGCACCGCUUGCUGCACUGCGUGUGGGCGGGCUGCGAGGAGAUGGUGAUGGCCAAAGACCGGAGAAGUCACAGCGAAGAGCACGUUGUCAGGACCGGCGUGUUUCUCUACACUGUCCCCGGGAAGUACACCUUCAAGGUGCCCCACGGGUGCCGGAGCCUGAAGGUCCAGGCCUGGGGCGCCGGCGGGGGCGCCGGGCACUUCAAGGGGGGGCAGUCCGGGGAUGGCGGGGGUGGAGCUUUCGCGGAGGCCCUGCUGUACGCCACCCCAGAUGACGAGCUCGAGGUCACCGUCGGAGGCGGGGGGGCGGCGGGGGAAUACGGGAGCGAGAUAGAGGUGCCCGGGGGGUUCGAUGACUUUGGGAAGGCCGUCUUUGACAUGGUCGAUCAGCACGGUGUGGCCGAAGGCGGUUGGCCGGGGGGCGGAUCCGGUCACGGUGGGAACCCGCACUGGGCAGCGGGCGGCGGAGGCGGGUGUUCCAUGGUUGCGAAAAAGAUAAGCUCGUACGGGGGAGGGCGGACAGAACCCCUGGUUGUUGCGGGAGCCGGAGGAGGGGGGGGAUCGAGAGAGGGCGUCCCCGGGGGGGGACUAAACGGAGAGAUCCCCGGAACAAAGAUGGACAUGAGGAACGGCCGAAUGGGAACAGCUACCUGCGGUGGGGAAGCGGGAGACAGCGGGGAUAUCAACGGGUGUACCUUCCCGCCAGAGCACGGCCAAGCUUGGGCCGGCGGCAACGGGGGGCAAUACGGUGGCGGGGGCGGCUCCGGGUGGUUCGGAGGGGGAGGUGGAGGGACGUCCCCGGGGAUUGUCGGAGGUGGUGGCGGGGGCUCGUGUUUCGUCAAUACCGCAUUCUCUAUGGACCUGGUGGUUCUCCAAGGGAUAGGGCGAAUCCCAGGUGGAACCGAUAAAACGCCGCCUCGCGCGAGAGGUUUUGCGGAGGAUGACAUUAUAGGAGGAAUCUGUGGAGAAGGGGGUAAGGGAGGGCCGCGGGAGCUCAGGCCUGGAAGCAACGGCGCGGUAAGAAUCCAUAAGACGGGGUUCUUUGAGAAGCAGCUCGCACACAACUGA